GUUUAUGUACAAUAAAAUGUUUAUUUUGUUCUUGAGGCAGUUACAUAAAAGAUCUAUACAUUUUCGACAAAACAAUAACUGGAUGAACUAAAAUAACCGUAUAAAUUAAAUAAUUAUCUUUGAUGCAGUUAAAACGGCCGAUAAUGUCAUCAAUCGUCUUUUAUCACCGAACUCACUUGGGUUGCGUUCCGAUAUUCACUGCCAGUACUGAAAAUCUAUAGUGCACGUGAUGUAAACUAUAGAUUUUUAGUACUGGAAAUCUAUAGUGCACGUGAUGUAAACUGUAGAUUUUUAGUACUGGCACUAUUGGAAAUGAAUAUCGGAACGCAGCUCAUUCGCCGCGCAUCGCACAUGCGCGAUAGACACAGUCUGACAUAGGCACACAGGGCUACAUCGGAGACGCAACCGUACAUAAUCCAAAUGAUUUAAAUUCGAGAUUCAAAAAAUUUUCUUAUAUAGCUACUUACAGCGUGGUACAUAAUUUGUCUCAUUAGUAGAUAUAUGUAAAUCCAACAAAAGAAGAAGAAGAAUUUGAGGGCGUGAUUGUAUCAAUUACUUCGGUUAUUCUAUAUUGCAGUGCCGUGUCCAUUGUUUUCAUAUUUUUCUCACGGAAAAACACAUUUUAUGGAGAAUAAAAUGUCAGAGUCGGAUGUAACUUUUGAUGAGAAACAUUCUGCAAGUUUAUUCUCGAAUGAAAAUUUGUCAACAAACCUGAACACUGACAUUGCCAAUUCAGACUCAGAUUCCAUGUCUAUUUACAUUAACGAACCAGAACUCUCUGACGAUAUACCUGAAUGGAAGGGUAUGAGCAUGAAUGAAAUACGUAAAGGUUGUGGCAUAUAUGAAUAUCAAGAACAUCCACCAAUUGUUUCUUCUGCUAAGCAUACAGUGCUGUUUAGGUUACCAUUAUCUAUGCAUGAACCACCAAAGCCUUAUCCGACACAUAAAAUAGACAAGUGGAGCCAUGGAUACGUACGAUUGCCAUGUUCUGCACAUUGUUUUUAUCCAGUAGAACAGAGAAGUGGAGAUCGUAAUUGUCGAAAUAGAUGGGAUAUGAUUCAGGAAGCUUUGCUGAGAAACAUUCUCUCCAGUCAACAAUUAGAAAAUGCUAUACUUUCAUAUAAUCAAAUUUAUGCACAACGUUGGAAUUUUGCAGCACUCCAUCACUUCUUUUCAGAGGUAUUGGACCCGGAAGAGACGGCCGUCUUCUUCAAAACUUUAAUGCCAAAAAUAAUCCAGCUUGCUCUGCAACUUCCUAUAUUGCUAACCGGUGCAAUACCUCUUCUGAAACGUCACACUAAUAGCUUUAUUAGUUUAAGCCAAUUGCAAGUAGCUUCGUUACUAGCAAAUGCAUUUUUUUGUACAUUUCCUAGGCGCAAUUCCAGUAAUCCACAAUCGGAAUAUGCAACAUAUCCAUAUAUUAACUUCAAUAGAUUGUUUGCUGCCUAUAGUGAGGAAAAACAUAAUCAAUGUGAAUCAGUCAUGGAAAAAAUCAAAUGUCUUCUCCAUUACUUUAGGAGGGUAACAGCAAAAGCACCUGAAGGUGUAAUAACAAUCGAACGGCGUUACAUUCCACGUGAAAAUUUUCCGAAAUGGAAUAUACAGAAUCAAAAAUUGCCACCACUGCAUAUAACAAGUAAAGGAACCAUUGAAAACGAAGGAGCUGGAUUGCUUCAAGUAGAUUUUGCAAACAAGUAUGUGGGCGGAGGUGUGCUAGGUUUAGGAUGUGUACAGGAGGAAAUACGAUUUGUUAUAUGUCCAGAGCUUAUGGUCACUAUGUUAGUUACGGAAGAAUUAGAUGACACCGAGGCUCUCAUCGUCAGUGGUAUUGAACGAUAUAGCAAAUAUGAAGGUUACAGUAACACCUUUAAAUGGAAAGGAGAUUUCGUGGAUGAGACACCAAGGGAUGACAGCUGCAGGCGUAUGACGUCAAUUGUUGCCAUUGAUGCCCUUUAUUUUAGACAGCCUUUGCUACAAUUCAAAAUCGAUAAUAUAACUCGUGAACUCAACAAGGCUUAUGUUGGAUUUGUGGGAUCUGAUAUUUAUAAGAAUAAUCUAUCCGCCAUUGCAACGGGAAAUUGGGGAUGCGGAGCGUUUCGUGGAAACCCGAAGUUAAAAGUAUUGAUACAAUUAAUGGCUGCUGCAGUUGCAGGUCGAUCUAUGGUCUAUUUUACUUUCGGAGACACAUUGUUGAGAGACGAUGUGGCAGCAAUGUAUGCACAUUUAGUUCAGCACGAUAUUGAUAUAGCGCGACUUUACUCAAUGAUAUCAGAAUAUCAUCAAGAAUCUGCAGCAUCAAGUGACCAUUCGGAUUUUUAUUGUUUCUUGUACAACAAAAGCAGGAUAAAACCGUUGAACAAAUAUUUUCCGACAAACAGUAAAAAUUCCUUGGCGGAUAUUUUUGCCAAAGACAUGUUAUCUCAAAGAAGCAAAAAUGUGGCAUUAAAUAAAGACGUUUUUAAUAAGCAUCUUUAUGAAAUGACGGAAGAGGAAAAGAUAAUAAAUUGGCUGGCAAGUUGCGAUGAUGAUAGCGACGAUAAUGCUAAACUCAAUACAAAGAACGCGUGUAACGAGAAAACUAAGAGUAAUCUAAAAGAAGCGAACAAUGUUAUUGAAAGUUUACAUUUUGUAAAUGAUAUUGGAGAAAACAAAAAUCAGGAAGAUAAGGUAUUUGGAUCUAGUCCAUCGGGAGAUAUGAAUGAAAAGUUCUGGGAUAUUUUGGCAUUCACGCAACAAGUAUCAAGACUUAUGGUAUCUGAAAUCAGGAGAAGAGCAAGCAACCAGAGUACCGAGACAGCAAGUUGUGCUAUUGUCAAGUUUUUAGAAAUUGAGAAUAGUGAAGAAUCAAGUAAUGGUUGGAUGCUGUUGUCCGCAUUGAAUUUGUUGGCAGCAGGCGAUACCUCUCUGAUACAAGCCAUGACUGCUGCCUCAGUUCCAUCAACUUUGGUGAAAUGUUUAUACCUGUUCUUUGAUCUACCCGAAAUGAACGAGGAAGAGGCUGAUAUUACAGAUACAAAUAGUGAAUUCACUCCUAGAGAACGUAGGAUAUUAUUACAAAAAAUAUUUGUUCAGUUGUUGGUAAGAUUAUGCAGUCAUCCCUAUCCAGCGGAAGAACUCGCUCGUAAGGACGAUCUUACCUUACUGUUCUCAGCAAUAACCAGUUGGUGUCCGCAGUACAAUAUUAUGUGGCGUAAAAGUGCCGCCGAAGUUUUGAUGACGCUGUCCCGACAUGGUCUUACACAGAAUGUAGUAGCUUAUAUUCAUAAUAAAGGAUGUAUAGCACUUUGUAUCGAUAAUAUGCAACGUGUACCUGAGCUGGCACCAUUAGAGGUUGUAGAAAUGUUUGUAACAGUGUUCUGUUUUUUAAAAGAUUCUAGUGAAGUUUCUCAAACAUUGCUAGAUGACUUUCGUGCUUGUCAGGGUUAUAUCUUUUUAUCCGAGUUUCUCUUAAAACACGCACCAUCAAGAUUGGAACAAGAUGGCAGAGCAGAAGCGCAAGAUGCUAUCCGAAAUUUGGUACUAAUGUUAGCAUCUUUAACAAUGUGUGGUCAUACAGAACUGAAACCAAGUCAAGCUAGUAUGGGAUCCUUGUUUCAAAUGCUCGGCUUUACCUUACCCCAACCCAGUAACAGAGGAGGAAGCGUUCGAAAUAUUCAAGCGUUCCAAGUAUUACAAUCUGUAUUUAUAAAAUCUAAUUCGCCGCUUCUAUGUUGUACUAUAUUGGAUGCGAUAUCCAGUGUAUAUCACAGCGACAACGCGAAUUAUUUUAUUCUUGAGGGACAAAAUACUUUGUCUCAGUUUGCAGAAAAAAUUCAUUUGAAGAAUCCAGAGAUACAAGAAAAAUUCUUUCAAUUACUGGAAUUUAUAGUUUUUCAACUUAAUUUUGUUCCGUGUAAAGAACUCAUAUCUCUGUCCAUUUUAUUGAAAACAAACAACUCAAUUUCUUGCUGUAUCAUGUGUAUGGAGACUCUUCUUAAUAUACUUAGACACAAUACUAUAUUUAAAGACGUUUAUAGAGAAGUUGGUAUGUUAGAAGUUUUUGUGACUUGUCUUCAUCGAUAUGCAACAUUACUCAAGGAUAAGCAAGCUGCGAUCGAUCAAGGAUUAGAAUAUACGUUAUGCCCCGAGGAUGAACGGUUGGGUGCCUUAGUAAUGGAGGCUUUAACGACGUUAUUAGCGAGUAACGUUCAAAAUGCAAAUGUCUUUAGAGAAUGUGGAGGCGCACGUUGCGCUCAUAAUCUAGUGCCCUACGUAGAUUGCCGGUAUCAAGCACUCGGUAUCGUUAGGGAAUUGAUACUCAGCGCGGGUGGUGACGACGACAUGGCUACGCUAUUGGGAGUUAUGCAUUCGGCACCUCCUAAUGCCUUGAUUCUAAAAACGCAUAUAUUAAAAUCGUUGCUAGCCUGUUUACGAGAGUCGCAUAGGACUAGAACGGUUUUCCGAAAAGUCGGAGGCUUCGUUUAUGUAAUGUCGGUUUUGGUAUCGCUGGAGAGUCAAUUAGGUUCGCAAAGAUCGGAAAAGAGCGAACCUUGCAACGAUUUCGUGCAGAGGACUAUGCAGGACGAAAGUCAAUUGUUGACAUUGUUACAUGUAGUAUUUCAUACUAUAAGUACAGCUAUGCGAUUUGAGCCAGCAAAUGCGAAAUUCUUCCAUCAUGAGAUCUGCCAAUCGAGUUUGUGCGAUACUUUACGUCUUCUCGGUUGUUUUUCGACGCAAACAAAGAUCACUGAGAUGGAUAUGAUACCGACUGUGAAUUAUCAUAACAUGCUAGUGUCAUUAUUUACUGGGAGUGUAUUGGAACCGGUAUUUUCAGAUGAUAUGCCAAAGACAUUGGGAUAUGCGUGUUUACUACUACGUCUACUGUAUGACGUGGCACUCGAUUCCUUUGACAAACCAAAUUUAGCUAAUGUAGGCAUAAGAUCUCCGAGUCAUAAGCAAAAUAGUGUGGAGCAACAGAGAUCAUUUGAUUCUCCUGGAAGUAGCAAGAGAUGUAUUAUAAAUUCCUUAAAUCUAAGCCCACCCGCACCCGAGCCGAUUGUAGUUCAUCCCGGUAUAGUAGUGGGAAUGCUUCACUUACUUCCAUCUAUCUCCGAACCAUCUAAUCCUCAAAUGGCGCUAGCUUUACAAUUGUAUGUGGCGGAGAUCGUCAAGAGCUUAGUACGAUCGGAAAGAAAUCAGCAAGUUAUGUGUGAAGCCGGUAUGGCCGGAGAAUUGUUGUCCGUGGGUAGAAUCGCUUUGCAGGAUGAGACACAUCCGCUUCAUCAACCUCUGCAAUACAUCAUAGAGAGACUCGCCGCGCAAUCGCUCGAACCAAGAGAUCUACGAGAGUUUUUACGUUUGGGUGAUCCGUUAUGUUGUAUCUCGCUGGACGAUAUCGAUCAAAGCAAGCCUAGAGGAGGACCAGUACCUUUAACGCGAAUCAAGACGCUAGUAUCGAUGACAACGCCCAAGGACUUUAGAGCUCAUGGUUCAUGCACCUUACCGCCUUUUGUGGAAUUGGAUAUGAGCGCCGAGGGAUUCGCGUGUUUGUACUUGCCGAGUGUCGCCCCGCAAAGUACCACACCUCCUACAGUUGUCUCUGCGGACAAUAGCGUAUUGGGAGGAAUUGGAUCAGGCGAUAGAUUAUUCCCACCACAGACCGGGUUAACGUAUAGCACAUGGAUAUGCGUCGACAAGUUUAGCGAUCCUAGAACCGAUCCUCAUUGCGUGAGAUUACUCACCUUGGUGCGUACUCCGCAAUCUGCGAGAGACUUAAUUUGUCUGACUGCUGUUCUUAGCGCUAGAGAUAAGGCUAUCAUUGUUUCCACUCAGGAGACACCCAUUCCGCAAAAUACAGGUGAAUGGGAGCCCGAAGGAACGGGCGAGUGCGGUGCCCGAGUCUGGUGUCCUGAUUUACUUCACGAAGGACAAUGGCAUCACAUAGCUAUUGUGUUGAAUCGCGCAGUUCUUAAAAACUCGAGUUUUUCAUUAUACUUAGACGGUCAACAUAUCCAUAGUCAAAAGCUUCAUUAUAUCACGCAAGUUCCUGGAGGUGGAGCAGCCAACUUAACAGUGGCUUCUCCGGUUUACGGCUACAUUGGUACGCCGCCUUGUUGGCGUAGAUAUUCCAGAUUGACGUGGAAACAAGGACCAUGUCAUUUGGUGGAGGAAGUUUUUAAUUCUCAAAACAUUGCCACUUUAUUUAAACUAGGGCCGCAUUACAUGGGAAGCUUGCAAGCUCCGCAAUUGAGUGGCCCUGAAGCUCUAGGACCUCUCGUGGCUGAGGAAAAGGUGGUGUUUGGAUUGAAUGCAAAAGCCAUGUCACAAUUGACUCUAGCUAAAAUUAGAAAGGUGUAUAGCCGAGCUGAUAAUAAAUCAAUAGCCAAACAACUUGGUAUGUCAUCCCAUGAGAACGCCACACCUAUCAGAGUUCUCCAUAAUUCCGCGGGACAUCUCAGCGGUCCAGCUAGAGCAUUAGGUGGUGUGGUCGUUGGUUACCUUGGUGUUCGUGUAUUUAGUCCUAAACCAGUAGCUACUAUGAUCGAUAAUGUAGGAGGAUGUUCAGUGUUGUUAGGUUUAAUAGCUAUGGCCCAAGAUGUAGAAUCUUUAUAUGCAGCUGUAAAGGCAUUAGUUUGCGUAGUGAGAUCCAAUCAAGCAGCCCAACAAGAAAUGGAUCGCAGAAGAGGAUAUCAGACUCUAGCUAUGUUACUAAGAAGAAAGUGUCCUCUUCUAAACAGUCAUAUAUUGCACUUGACAUUCAGUCUUGUGGGGACGGUCGAUAGUGGUAGAGAAACUAGUGCGAUUCCUAAUGUCACAGCAUUUCAAGACCUCUUAUGUGAUUUACAAGUCUGGCAUGAAGCACCCGGAGAAUUACUAAGAUCUCUUCUCGAACAUUUGUACGAACUGAUAGCAGAGUCCAGUGAAAAACGAACUAAUCUGCGAUUAAUGAGAGACUUACAAUUAGUACAUAAAUUAUUGCACAUUUUGAGCGACGUAAAACUAAAUAGCACCAGACAGAUUCUUUUAGCGCUUCUUAGUAUAUUAUUAAGUCAACCACGACAGGCUGAUCUAUUAUGGUUUGGGCAAUUUAUUGUAGCAACCUUACCGCAAUGUUCUGAAAAACACUUAAUUCUUAGAGAAGGAGAAGGAAUCAAGGACGGAGAAGGAGAGAGUAUACUUUUACGUAAUCGUUGUUUACAGCUCUUACAUUCAUUGUUGUUUAAUGGAUCCAAAGUUAAUGUAAAUAUGUGCGAAGAAGUAGCCAAAGUUCUGGGCCUAGAUUGGGUAUUAUUGUUCCUCCAGUCUGAUCUUCAUAGUACCACAGUUGUCUGGGGAUUACGUAUACUCGUGGCAAUAUGUUCAGUGCAAUCAAUUUUGCAAAAAUUCAAAGAGGGCACAAGCAAUGGCGGUUGGCUGCGGCAUACUGAUCACAACAAAAUGGCACUAGCACUCGGUUGUCAUCAACAAAUGUCUACUGGUGAGAUUAAGCCAUCUGGCCUUCACGUACCAGGAUUUCAGCAUCUGGGCUGGUUACUUCCGCAGCACAUCGAUCUUGUCCCGGAACUUUAUUUUCUUUUUAUUGCUUUAAUGAUGGGACAGCCUGUGAAAUUGUUACCUACGGAUUCGAAGCUCGAUUUGGAUAAUGUUUGGAGCUUUAUGUUCGGAGUCCCGGCAAAUCAUACACUAUCAUCUUUCACCAGCAGAAUUAAUCUUUGUCCCGAAGCGAUGGUCACGUUACUAGCUAUGGUGCGAACAAUGUUGAAUAGUCACUCAAACAACCCGGAAGUAUUACCAGCAUGGUUAAAUGACUAUCCGGUGACAAUAAUACAAUUCUUGUUCUUCCUUUAUCGCAACUUUACCGACUUUAUGCAGGUCUUUAUGUCCGCGGAAGUUUUGGGUGCCUUAGCUGGGACCUUGUUUCCGAAACCUGUCAGUUCUAGUCAGGAUAGCAGUGGUGCUAGUACCCCAGCCGAUGAGCAAGAACCAGUAUUAGUGAGAUCGCCGUCGAAAGAUGUAGGACUGACGAAUCAUCCCGCAAAGAAAUUCGUGAUGGACUUUUUUAAAGUUAUCGUCGUCGAUUCGCUUUCGCUGCCGGUGACGGCCAAAUCGCCAGCGAUAGAUCUCGUUCUGGAAGCAUGGCCGGAACAUGCGUCGACGGGACAGCAAAUGCGUUAUCAAACAGAAGUAUUAUCUAUAUUAAUGGAACACUUGCUAGCUGCGGAUGUAUUGAUCGGAGAGCAGGCCGCAUUACCUGUCGUUCCUGGUGGAUCGGCCAACAAUAUAACCAACAAUGUUUGUUACGUGGCAGCUAGAAUAGUUGACAAAUUAUGGCAAGGUGCUCUGACAAAAGACCCGCACGAAGUAUUCGAUUUUAUCGUCAAAUUAAUCGGUCAAGCAAAGAGGCGACCUGGUGCUGUCAGCAUGGAGGGCCUUCAUCACUGCCUGAAUAGGACAAUUUUAUUCUUACUGUCACGUGCGACUGAUUCUAUUGCCGAUCAAAUGGCUGUAUUGGAGGCAUUGCAUAAGCUUACUACUCAUAGAUUAUUAGUGUUUGGUGCUGGCAAUCACGAAUUAGAAUUUAUCGGCUGUUUGACGUAUUGUCUGUUGCAACUGACGGCUGAUAUAAAGAUCAUGUUGGACACUAACAUGAAAACUACGUGGCAUGUUAAUCCGCAAGUGGAAUCCAGCGAUGAUAGACUGACGUCUCACCAGGGACACAAUUUGAUGGCCGUAGCGGCGACGAGAGUUUGGGAGGAACUCUACGUAUGCAAGAAACCGGCCAUAGAGGAAGUUUUUAAAAUGACUCUGCCGGCUCCUGUGAGUAAUGAACGCGCGCCGGAAUUGUCGGUCGUGAGAGAACAGAUUCACGAAGCUGCGUCCAAGCUCUGGCUAAAUUACGUAGUUUCGGAAAGAAGAGCUACGUACAGAGCUCCUUGGGAACUUCACAAUCAAAUCCAAUCGAAAAUCCAAAAAGUGACGGGAGGCUUGACGAGAUUAGCGAGUCGGACAAAGGUGCGAAAAGAGGAAUCUGUGCGCGUAAGACUUAGAUUACAUCAGAACACGGUUGCUCAGUGGACGGAGCAACAUGUUGCGUUGGUCAGAGAGCUCGCUGCAGUGAGGCGUUUGCAGCAUCAACAAACGAAUCUGCACACUCAGCGUUACGUAUAUCAAGAAUGGCUGCAAACCGAGACGGAAUUGACUAGAGAACGCGGUCUUUGGGGACCUCCGACACCCACUAUGCUUGACAAAUGGAUGUUGGAUAUGACAGAAGGACCAUGUAGAAUGCGAAAGAAGAUGAUGAAGAAUGAACUCUUCUACAUACAUUAUCCGUAUCGGCCUGAAUUAGAGCAUCCUGAUAAUAAACAGCUAAAGUACAAAGUAGCGACGAGCAUGGAUAGUAAGGAGUAUUAUCUGAAGCAACUCGGCAAUUCAUCGGGAAUGUUUGAACGCGAACGAGAUCCUGUUAUAGAUGACACACCGUUAAACGUCAAUGAAACUUCUACUGAGAGUGAACCACCGAUGGUUCCGUGCACGCUAGAACGUCACGCCAGUGAGCCGGAUGAAGCGCCCGAGGAUAACGAACAGGAGGAAGAAAACAAUCAAGCUGUUCCAGACAAUCAAACGUUAUUACGUCUCCUCGAGGAACAUGAGAAGAUAAGCCACAUGUUUAGAUGCGCAAGAAUACAAGGUUUGGACACGACUGAAGGUCUUCUCUUAUUUGGAAAGGAACAUUUUUAUGUGAUUGAUGGAUUUACAUUGUUGAAGUCUAGAGAGAUAAGAGAUAUAGAAAGUUUGCCAGAGGCAUACGAACCGAUCUUGCCAUCGCCGGGAUCUCCCAGAAGAUCUAGAGCGAUGAGACAGUGUUCCAAGUUUAAUUACGAAGACAUCAGGGAAGUACACAAGAGACGAUACUUAUUGCAACCCAUGGCACUGGAAGUGUUCAGCGGAGACGGUAGAAAUUAUUUACUGGCAUUCCCUCGAAAGGUCAGGAACAAGGUCUAUCAAAGAUUCAUGACAUUUGCUACCGCGAUCGCCGACAAUGCUCAGCAAUCCGUAGCUGGCCAAAGGCGAACGGCGAAUGUCGAGCAGGCCACUGGCUUGCUCUCGAAUCUUAUAGGAGAAACAUCAGUCACUCAAAGAUGGGUGAGAGGAGAAAUAUCCAACUUUCAAUACCUGAUGCAUUUGAAUACUUUGGCGGGUCGUAGUUACAACGAUCUUAUGCAAUAUCCGAUAUUUCCAUGGAUCUUGGCUGAUUACGACAGUGAGGAGCUCGAUCUUAUAGAUUCAUCGACGUUUCGAGAUUUCAGCAAACCUAUGGGCGCGCAAAGUCCUGAGCGAUUGCUGCAAUUUAAGAAAAGAUACAAGGAAUGGGACGAUCCGCACGGAGAGACUCCUCCUUAUCAUUAUGGCACACAUUAUUCGUCAGCAAUGAUAGUAUGUUCGUAUCUGGUGAGAAUGGAACCAUUCACGCAACAUUUUCUCAGAUUACAGGGUGGACAUUUCGAUUUAGCCGAUAGAAUGUUCAAUAGCAUAAAGGAGGCGUGGUUAUCUGCUUCCAAGCAUAACAUGGCAGACGUGAAAGAACUUAUCCCGGAAUUUUUUUACCUCCCGGAAUUCCUUAACAAUUCUAAUCACUUUGAUUUAGGCUCUAAACAAAGCGGUGUUCAACUCGGCGAUAUCGUUCUUCCACCUUGGGCGAAGCAAGAUCCUCGCGAAUUUAUCCGUGUACAUAGACUCGCGUUAGAAUGCGAUUAUGUGUCGCAGCAUCUUCAUCAAUGGAUCGAUCUAAUAUUCGGAUGCAAGCAAAACGGUCCGGCGGCCGUCGAAGCUGUCAAUGUAUUCCAUCAUUUAUUCUACGAAGGCAACGUCGAUAUCUACAACAUUGAUGAUCCGUUGAAGAAGAACGCGACUAUCGGUUUCAUCAAUAAUUUCGGCCAAAUACCUAAGCAAUUAUUCAAGAAGCCGCAUCCGGCGAAGAAAAUGACGCAGAGGACUAGUGUGAUCGAUCCUGGGCCCAUUACUCCUGGAUUAAGUAUUACCACGUCCGACAAAUUGUUCUUCCAUAAUCUUGAUAAUCUGAAACCAUCGUUACAACCCAUUAAAGAAUUAAAGGGUCCCGUUGGACAAAUAUUGCACGUUGAUAAAGCCGUGUUGGCGGUAGAACAAAACAAGACACUUAUCCCUCCCGCUUAUAACAAAUACGUAGCAUGGGGAUUCGCUGAUCAUUCACUCAGAAUAGGGAAUUACGACAGUGAUAAAGCUAUCUUUGUCGGCGAGGCUUUGAUGCAAAGCAGCGGGGAGAUAGUAGCGUGCGUUUGUCCGUCUUCCAAAUUGAUAGUUACCGCUGGCACCAGCUCUGUCGUGACUGUCUGGGAAUAUGCCAAGCGACAACUUUCUAUAAAACAGUGCCUGUACGGACAUACCGAUGCAGUCACGUGUUUAUCGUCCAGUCCUGCGUAUAAUGUUAUCGUGUCCGGAUCGCGAGACGGUACAGCGAUUAUAUGGGAUUUAUCCCGGUGCUUGUUUGUGCGUCAGCUUAGAGGACAUGCUGGACCAGUUGCUGCAGUGGCCAUAAAUGAAUUAACGGGAGACAUAGCUACAUGCGCAGCUACAUGGUUACAUGUAUGGAGUAUCAAUGGGGAGGAGUUGGCGAGCGUUAAUACAUGUGUCGGCCGCGCCGACAGGAUGCAACAGAUAUUAUGCGUCGCUUUCAGUCAAACUCACGAAUGGGAUUCGCAGAAUGUUAUUAUGACUGGCUCCACCGACGGCGUUGCUCGCAUGUGGUCGAUGGAUUACGUGCAAGUACCUGCAGAAGAAGAGAAACCUGAAGAAGUAACGGUUGUCGAGAAAGAAAAGAACGAAAAACAAAGCACCGAGGAGAACCAAACUGAAACAACAAUGAAGAGAGUUCAAGAAUUGGUUAAACAAAUGAGUAUAUCCGCCGAGGGAUCAGGUAUACUUAUGAAAAGCGGUUCUGAGAGUAGUCUCUCCGAGACAGAAAAUGCCAAAGAAGCUUCCAGACUUCAUGAGGAAAAAGAGGAAUGCUCCGAUAACGAAUCAAGUAACGGCUCUAGUAAUAAACCCUCGCCUCAGAAUAAUCACGCGUCUUUGGUAGUAUUGCGUCGAAAGAGUCGCGGAAAUCCGAUGUUUAGGAAAAGCGAAGGCGGCGGACGUGCCGAUAGCGAGGGCACACAAACUAGUGAAUCUACCAGCAAUCCGGGAGAUUCGGAAGGAGCAUUGAGGGCUAGCAAAAGCGAUACCAGUUUGACCGACAGUUUCGUUAUGGUUAGCGAGGCUGAUACAAAGCCGCGAAAAAUCAAUCCGCAAAAUAUCUUGCGAGAUGGUUUUAAAUGGCAAAGACAGUUGGUAUUCCGCAGUAAAUUAACGAUGCAUACUGCCUACGAUCGUAAGGAUAAUGCAGAACCGGCGUCUAUCGCAGCUUUAGCGGUAUCAAGGGAUCAUAGAACAGUAUAUGUGGGUGACACUCGUGGCAGAGUAUUUUCAUGGAGCGUGUGUGAACAACCCGGACGCACGGUCGCCGAUCAUUGGCUGAAAGACGAAGGAGCGGAUUCUUGCGUUGGUUGCGGCGUUCGAUUCAAUUUAUAUGAAAGAAGGCAUCAUUGUCGCAACUGUGGACAAGUAUUCUGCUCCAGAUGCAGUCGAUUCGAGUCGAAGAUAUCCAGACUUGGUAUCUUAAAACCAGUUAGAGUCUGUCAGGGCUGUUAUUCGUCAUUACGGUCUCAGAGUAACUCCAUCGAGAGUAAUAUUUAAUAUGGUACACAACACAUGAGAGUCUUAUCUUAUAUAUAAAUCGUUAAAUUAUACAGAAAAUUAUCUUAGCGGGUUGUAAAUACUUGGGUGUACCUUAUUAACCUUUUAGUUGAAUUUCUCUGUACACAAACAGAAAAAUGUGUGUGUAUGUAUGUACGUUCUAUCCUAUAUGCAAACUGAACUACACGCAAUGUACUGCAUUUUUUAACGGAUGAAUUAAUGUAAUCGUAACUCGGUUUGUAUCUGCAUAAGUAAAGAUUAUUGCAUUUUUAUUUCGAUGAUUCUAUUAUUAAGAUUUUAUUGAGAAAUAACAACAAAGUAUGAAUCAUUUGCUAGAUUACACAUUCCUGUCGAUUAUGUUUCAAGUCAUGCAUAAACUAAUUGAGUUUUUAAGAAACAAAUUUUUCUAAUACAUUAAAAUACUAUAUAAUUUACACAUAUUUUUUAAUUUUUCUUUUAUUAUCGACAGCUUUGUAUAAGGUUGUAUAAUUUUUUCAUUAUAUUUUAAAUCAAAUUAUAUUGAAAUUAAAAUACAUGUAUAUGUUACCCAUAAGAUUAAGGGAAACAUAAGAUGUACUUUCCAAAUUUAUCCAAUAUAAACUCUUGUAUGUGUACCUGUUGCAUAUUGUACUUUGCAUGAAUAGUGCAUUAUGCCAGGAAAUGGUAAUGUGCAAAAUUUAUACUAUUUCUAAUCAAUGCAUUCAGUAAUGUUACCAAUUACCAUUAAUCAUGUAAUAUUAUUAUUAUUUAUAAAAUUAAGAGUAUAUAAUCUGUGAUUUUAUUUUUCUAUAUUUUAAUUUAGCCAGAAUGAUCAAUGGCUCUUGUAGAUAUUAAUCGAUUACUUUAUUAUAUCGGUACUGUCAUCCUAAUCAUUGCAUUAAGUUAUAAAUGGAAGAUAUCAUAACAUAACGUUAUAUGUUAAAAUUGAAUAUUGUUUGAAUAGUGUUUGAUUAUAACUAAAUUCAUAUUUAUUUAAGACACGAAAAAA